GCCGGACCCCCUCCCAGUGGAAAAGCCUUGCCAGCUGGGGAAGGCUGGGAGGGCAGCGAGAGCCUCAGCAGGCAGCAGAUAAAGAGUGCGGAGGAGGAGAGGAAAGAAUUUCGGGGCGGCCAGCGCCCGUGGGACGUGCAGCACAGACGCUCGCCUGGUGGGACCCUCCCCAAGGAUUAGGUCACCGAGCCACAGAGCCUGCCAUGCUGCGCCCCUCUCUGAAGACAUCUCUUUGGCUCCUCAUCUUCACCGGUCUGCUGGAGGUAACGUCUGGGGGCAGCGGGCUGCACAUCGAACCCAGAGACACUGAGCUUGUCCUCGGCCUCCACAGCACCUUCUCCCUCUUGUGCUAUGGGGAUGGCGUGCUGGUCUGGGAACGGGAGGGUCAGCCUCUCGCUGCCUCGCUGGAGCACAGGGAUGGUGUCUUCGUCAGCAAUCUCACCCUCAGUAACGUGACGGGCCGUCACACCGGGGAGUAUGCAUGCACCUACAGCCCUGACCACGCUCCAGAGCCAGUGGAGAGGAAAGCCCUGUACAUCUAUGUUCCAGAUCCCUCCUUAGUCUUCCUCCCCACAAUUACCUCCGAAGAGCUCUUCAUCUUCAUCACCGGCUACACAGAGGCUGUCAUCCCAUGCCGCGUGACCAACCCACAGAUGCAGGUGACCCUCUAUGAGAAAAAGGUGGAGAACCCCAUCCCAGCUGCUUAUGACCCACAACAGGGAUUCAAAGGCUUCUUUGAGGAUAAGACCUAUUUCUGCCGGACAAUCGUGGAUGACCAGGAAGUGGAUUCAGACACCUUCUACGUCUACAGGAUCCAGGUCUCAUCUGUGAAUGUCUCCAUCAGCGCAGUACAGACCAUAGUCCGUCAGGGAGAAAACAUUACCCUGCUGUGCACUGUGAGCGGCAAUGAGCUAGUCAACUUCAACUGGGAUUAUCCACGCAAGCAAGCAGGGAAGGCUGUGGAGCCAGUGACUGACUUCCUGCCUGGAUCCACCCACGAGAUCCGCUCCAUCCUCAUCAUCCAGAACGCGGAGCUGGAGGACAGUGGGACCUACGUCUGCAACGUCUCUGAGGGCUACCAUGAGAAAACGGACCGGAAAGACAUCACAGUCCAUGUGAUUGAGCAUGGCUUUGUGCGCUUCCACACCCGCCUGCCCAGCACGGUGUAUGCCGAGGUCCACAAGAGCCACACCAUCCAGGUGGAGAUAGAGGCCUACCCGCAACCCAGCAUUGUGUGGCUGAAGAACAACAAGACGUUGACCAUGGAGAGCAGCAGCGAGUUCACCAUCACCAGCAGGAACAUGUCAGAAACCAGGUACCAGACAGCUCUGGUGCUGGUGCGGGUGAAGCAGGAAGAAGGAGGAUUUUACACCAUCCGGGCUUUCAAUGAGGAUGAUGAGCAGGAGCUGUCCUUCCAUCUGCAGAUAAAUGUGCCAGCCAAAGUGGUGGAUCUUAAGGAGAACAGCAGUGCCAGCAGUGGGGAGCAGACUGUAACAUGCUCUGCUGAAGGCAUGCCCCAGCCGGAGAUCAGCUGGUCUACUUGCAGUGACAUCAAAUGGUGUAGCACCAAGGGGCAGCCCACCCGGCUGCUGGGGAAUGAGUCCGCAGAGAUCGGUCUGAAGACCAACGCCACAUACCACGCAGAGCUGCAGGUGUACCGCGUGAACAGCACCCUGCAGCUGCACAGGGUGGAUGAGCCCCUGCUCCUGAGAUGCACCGUGCAAAACUUCCUGGGCACCAACUCCCAGGACAUCACUCUGGUCCCACACGCCUUGCCAUUCAAGGUGGUCAUCAUCUCUGUCAUCCUGGCCUUGCUGGUCCUCACCGUCAUCUCCCUGAUCAUCCUGAUCGUCCUGUGGCAGAAGAAACCUCGUUAUGAAAUACGUUGGAAGGUGAUUGAGUCAGUCAGCUCUGAUGGGCACGAGUACAUCUACGUGGAUCCCAUGCAGCUCCCUUACGACUCCAGCUGGGAGGUGCCCAGGGACAAGCUGGUGUUAGGACGCACUCUUGGCUCCGGUGCCUUCGGACGCGUGGUGGAGGCAACAGCCCAUGGCCUGAGCCAUUCACAGUCCACCAUGAAAGUGGCAGUCAAAAUGCUCAAGUCCACCGCCCGGAGCAGCGAGAAGCAAGCCCUCAUGUCCGAGCUGAAGAUCAUGAGCCACCUGGGACCUCACCUCAACAUUGUCAACUUGCUGGGGGCCUGCACCAAAGGAGGGCCCAUCUAUAUCAUCACCGAGUACUGCCGCUACGGGGACCUGGUGGACUACCUGCACCGCAACAAGCACACCUUUCUGCAGUCUUACGGUGAGAAGGCCCGGCGAGAGACAGAGGUGUAUGGGAACACCAUCAAGGAGGACCACGUGCAGAGUCACCUCUCCUUGUCUGUUGAGAGCGACGGGGGCUACAUGGACAUGAGCAAGGACGACUCCCUGGAUUAUGUGCCCAUGUCCGACAUGAAGGGUGAAGUCAAGUAUGCUGACAUCGAGUCCUCUAACUACGGCACCCCGUAUGAGCUCGACAGCUAUUCCCCAUCAGCUCCUGAAAGAACAGACCGGGUGACACUGAUAAAUGAGUCUCCGCUCCUCAGCUACAUGGACUUGGUGGGCUUCAGCUUCCAGGUGGCCAAUGGGAUGGAGUUCCUGGCUUCCAAAAACUGUGUGCAUCGUGACCUGGCUGCCAGGAACGUCCUCAUCUGUGAGGGGAAGCUGGUGAAGAUCUGUGACUUUGGCCUGGCGAGGGACAUCAUGAGGGAUUCCAACUAUAUCUCCAAAGGCAGCACCUUCUUGCCCCUUAAGUGGAUGGCUCCAGAGAGCAUCUUCAACAACCUCUACACCACCCUGAGCGAUGUGUGGUCCUUCGGGAUUCUCCUCUGGGAGAUAUUCACUCUAGGGGGAACUCCAUACCCUGAACUGCCUAUGAACGAACAGUUCUAUAACGCCAUCAAACGUGGCUAUCGGAUGUCCAAACCCACCCACGCCUCUGAUGAAAUCUACAAUAUCAUGCAGAAGUGCUGGGAGGAGAAGUUUGAGAUCAGACCAUCCUUCUCACAGCUGGUGGUGCUUAUGGGAAACCUCUUGGUGGAUUGCUACAGAAAGAGGUACCAGCAGGUGGAUGAAGAGUUCAUGAAGAGUGACCAUCCCGCUGUUGUCCGCACAAGACCCACAAUCCCUGGGCUGAACAAUGCCAGGCUCACUCCCAGCUCCCAUACCGGCAGCACCCUCUACACAGCCGUGCACCAGAAUGGGGGCGAGAACGAUUAUAUCAUCCCUCUUCCUGACCCCAAACCCGAGGCAAUCUGCGAUCUCCCUCAGGAGGCAUCGAUCAGCCGGGCCAGUUCUAUGCUGAACGAGGCCAACACAUCAUCGACAAUAUCCUGUGACAGCCCUCUGGGCCUCCGGCAGGACGAGGAGCAGGAAUCUGACCCACGGCCAGGCGGCCAGGAGCCGACCACAGGGCACCAAGAGGUGGAGGAGAGUUUCCUGUAGUCAGAGCUGGCCUGACUCUGCAUAUCCCCACGGCGAGACCAGCUGAGGGGCUGACCCAGACAUCGCAGAGAGCCAUGCUUUGCACUUGUACAUCAGGACAUCCCCACCUGUCCCAGCAUUCCUCCUUCCCUCCCGUCUCCCAGUGUUGGGUGGGGAAUUAAAGACUUUUCCCCAUUGCCAUCCCCUUCACCCUUACAAAGAGGUGGCUCAGUGCCAGCAACCUUCCAGAUCACUGCCACAUCCUCCUCAGUGAUCAAACCACUGCAGGAGGGAGACAUCUCACAGACCAACAUCUUCUUUUCAAGUGGAAGACGUGGGUUAGCUCCCCACAAGAGACGCCACUUUCUGCAUUGCUAAGAUCAUACUCCAGCCUCUUCCCCCUUCAUGGCAAUGAGUUUCAUCUCCUCUGCACCAGCACUUCUUUGAUGGUCUCAGCACCAGCCACACCAUGGUUCUGUGAAAUGCCACCGGGACAGAUUAUUUGCUUGGAACCCAUUGCUGGGGUGUAGAGAACCUGCAACACCAACCUUCAGCUGCUGGAGAUCAAGAGUACAUUGGAUAGAUUCUCCUCCAAGCACAGCCAAGUCCUGGAGAGACCAGCCAGUGUCUCAGAGAAACUGAAUCACCAUUUUCCUUUCUUGACAGCUCUUCUAUGGUGGAUAGAGCGUCACAAGCACUACAGGUACCCAUGGCUCUGGGGCACAGCUCUGCACCCACCUGGAAGGGCUGUCACACCCCAAACCCUUUUGUGCCCAGCAUGGCACCAGGAGCCCCAAGGGCAUGCCAGGAACUCAAAAUGCUCUCACAAUGACUCUGUUGUAAUAGCAAAGAGGGCAGUCCAGUGUUGUUCGUGUUGUCUGUGUGGACAUUAAGCUAAUUAUUCUCCAUUGAAGAUUUAAAGGGAACAAAUAUAUUAAUCCACUAGCCAGGGCCAGUAUAAGGAAGCAAUAUGGCUAUUCAUUAAUCUACUGCCACUAAGCCCAGCUCAUCUGCUGGGAAAUCAUAUAACCGUGCCAGCUGCAAAAUCUUCGUGCCUUAUCUUUGGGAAACAAGGGCUCCCUUUGGAUAGACUGUUCACCCGAACACCCUUUCUCAGGAUGGGAGGUCUCACCAGUCCCUCCUGAGUCACAGCAAGACUAUGGGGAGUAACAAGGAUGCCAGAACACCAACCCAGGGGCAUCUCAAAAGAGAGAGAGGGAGAGAGCUGGGAAGCUGUUUGGUCACAGCUGAACUGUAUCUCACACCCUACCACUUUCUGGGGGCCAGGCACAGCCACUUGUAGCCUGACAGGGCUGUAGAUGAAAUGUCAUGGGGAACCAAGCAGAGCAAGAGGAAUCGGGGAGUAUUCCUCUCUCUUGGAAAGCGUUUUGAAGAAUAAAAGGGCAGAGACCUUCCUCCUGCUUCUCAUCUCCUUCCUUGCUUCUCACAUGCAGGCCUGGGACUUCUUGUGCUCUCAGGUGGCACUUGAAUGAGGAGACUCAAAGCAGGAGGAACAUCAGGCUUUUGAAAUCAGUGGUGAACCCCACCUCUGCAGAGAUGAAAACUAGACCCCAAACACUACAGCUCUGACACCAUAGAAACUAGCAGGGUUUUUUUCUGAAAGGAGAAGUUUUGCCUUGCACAGAGCUCUGUUCGCUGCAUGCCCCCCACUCCCAUUAACCCCCUUGUUGCCCUACUCACGCACAUCUCUCUGCAUCCUACAAAAAAUGCACAGACAGGUUUACAAAUUCAGAAAUUCAACCCGCAUCUUGCUGGGCUUCUGCCACCUCAGAGCCACUAGGAAUUACUCUUUUUUUUAAACACGAAACUUCUGCCAGAAAUCCCCAGCAAAACAGCAUCUGUUUUAAGCUCUCUAUCGUUGCAACGCUGCCGUUUAUGCAGCUAAAAGAGGAGUAGAUGUUUUGUGCACUGAUGUCCUUGGUAAAAUGUGAACAUAAGAAAUAGCACUUUUAUUGGCAGCCGGUGGAGUAUAUUUUCAGCCCAUGUGGUCAGAUUCCCCACCAUCCGUAGGAAACACACUGUGAAUGACAACUGUUUUUCCAUGCUGUGUUCCUCCUGCUUGUAAUGAAGGAGCCAUCUUCUGUGGCCACGGUUCAUGAAAUGACCCUAACUGUGGAGAAGCGGUAACUCAUGAGAUUGUUGGGGUCAGACCACUUUAUUUUUCUAACAUGUAAGGUGCUUGGUAGGAGCCAUGUCACUGCAACUUGAGCCCAUAGGAUGGCACAUCAGAUCAUCCUAAUAGCCCCUGUCUGCACCAGCUCCAUUUUUAAUUUGUCCUUCUCUAUCAAAGGUGAGCAGAAGUACCCAGUACUCCAGGUGAGGUCAAAUCUAGACCUCGCAUAGGGCAUUAAUAGUUGUGGUCUGUACUGGAUUUGACUUGCCUGGUGUAGCUUUGGAUAAUGUUGGCCUUUUCCCAGCCACAACAUACUGGUAGUUUGGAGUCAUCCUCUAACCAAUCUAAGCACCUACGUCUUUCUACUCUUCCAGCAUUUCUAACCAAGAUACUCCCCGCUGCUCCAGACAUUGGGUCAUCAGGACAUUUUGUUAACAAACUGUUAUUUUUGGGCUGGACUGACUAAUAAAAAUACUAAAUGCUCCUAGCAUCAAGGGCAACCCUAGAGAGCUACUUUUACUACCUCCGUCCAGCCCAAAGAUUUCUCCAUCAAUUAACCCCUUCUUACCCUCCCUUUGGCCAUUUGCUUAUUUACUUCACAAAUCCUGUACUAAACUCCAUCUUGUACAGAUUAAGCACUAAUUAAACUACUAUUUUCCCACUAUCAAAUAGUUUCCACAGUCCUGAAAGAGGAGAUCUAUUUCUUCUCCCUGCUGGGGGAACUCAGGUAUCCUGUCCUAUUAGCUGGGCAUUAGCUACUUGGAUGCCUAUUGCAUUUUGUUCCAUUUGGAGAUUUAUUGCAAUGAUUCUUUGCACCAAAACCUGUCAUGGCUGCGGACGAGGUGCUAACCCAACCACCCUCUUCCUUCUUAAGGUAGGUACGCCAGACUCUUUGUAAAAUGGUACCGUUCUCCACUCCAGAGAGAUAUGACCAAAUAUUUGCCUUUGGCCCUGUGAUUGUAAGGGCUAAGUCUUGCACUUUGUAGUACUUUCCUGUCCUUACUCAACUAUUCCCAUCACCAUUUAGUGAGGGCAUGCACACCCGCUGCAGCGAGCAGAUCUUCUCAGCCAGGGACAGGCUGGCAGCUGGGCAAAGCCAGCAUGUUUUUCUAAGCAUCCCUGCAACUCUCCUCAAAGAGAGGACUUGGCAGGGCUGAGGCUUACAGCAGCCCCCCCAGACAACCUCUCUCCACUGGGAGAGCCAGCUCCAGACCCCCGCUCCCUCUCUCUCUGCUGCCGACAUUCCAGUCCCGUGGGGUUCCGUGGCCUGGC